AUGAUGCAGGAGCAAAUAAGGAUUCCAGCUUGUUUUUACUCUAGUGAAAAGCUUACGGAUGAUCCUGCUGGGAAAAAUUGUUCAGGACAGAAUGUUUUUGAGUCGGUAUACCGGACUAAAAUCGCCGAUCAAUGUCGACUAAUCACGGUUACAUGGUGCAAGAAUUUGCUGCUUCAUGGCCUAUCUAUCUCAGUAGAAGGGCUUGAGGGAGAAAGACAGUAUACAUGUAAAGUUGAGCUUAAGCCAUGGUAUUUUUGGAAGAAACAAGGGUCGAAACGCUUCGCUGUGGACGAUAAGGCGGUCGGCAUUUUCUGGGAUCUUAAGGCUGCAAAGUUCAACGGCGAAAUCAAGCCGAGUUCCGAAUACUAUGUUGCCAUUGUUUGUGAUGAUGAAGUUGUCCUGCUUCUUGGAAAUUUGAAAAUGGAGGCUUAUCGAAAGACGGGAUGUAGGCCAGCGCUUAUCGAUCCGAUAUUAGUCUCGAGAAAAGAGCACAUUUUUGGUAAGAAAAAGUUUGUAACAAGAGUUAAAUUCCAUGAUAAGGGUAAUUUCCAUGAGAUAUCCAUUGAGUGCAAGAACCGAAAUUCUUCUAAUGGCGCGGAUUCUGAAAUGGAGAUUAGUAUUGAUGGGCAUUCAUUGAUUCAUGUCAAGCACUUGCAGUGGAAAUUCAGAGGCAACGAAGCUAUUCAUCUCAACAAAGUGAGAAUUGAAGUGUAUUGGGAUGUCCAUGAUUGGCUUUUCGCCCCCGGCCUACACCCCGGCUUGUUCAUUUUCAAGCCAAAUUUGUUGUCAACACCUCCAUCAAUUUCAACAUUACCAUUGUCAUCACAGGCAGCGAGUUCCAGCUCAAUGGAGGGACUAAAUGCAUGUGCAGCAUCUGAUUUUUGCCUUUUCCUCUAUGCCUGGAAAGUGGAAUGA